CCCUACACACCCACACGGCCACACUUCGCAAACACAUCGACGCCGUCACGCCGCCGACGCCGACGCAACCUGGUUGUAAUCUUCGACUGAAAGUUCGAACCAGGGACCAAUUUCAGCUAAUUUUCAGUCGAACCAGGUUCCUCAGUCACUCGAAGAAGAAUCCCAAAAUCUUCAACCCUAAUUACGGCUAAUUUUUAAUGGAGAGCGAGCUCAGCAGCAAGGGCGACCAGGUUCCUCAGUCACUCGAGUCUGUAUCAAUUUCCGAUCAGCCCAAAAUGAGUGUGAAAGAGAGGUUCGAUAUAAUAAGGAGCAUUGGCGAAGAGUGCAUACAGGAGGACGAGUUAGAGAGAUUGCUAGCGAACAAGCCUCAACCCAUUUGCUAUGAUGGAUUUGAACCCUCUGGCCGAAUGCAUAUUGCUCAGGGAGUUCUGAAAGCAAUUAAUGUGAACAAGUUGACUUCAGCUGGCUGCAGAGUGAGAAUUUGGAUCGCAGAUUGGUUUGCACAGCUGAACAAUAAAAUGGGCGGCGACUUAAAGAAAAUUCAAGUGGUAGGGCAAUACUUGAUUGAAAUAUGGAAAGCUGUAGGAAUGAACAUUGAAGGAGGUCAAGUAGAGUUUCUAUGGUCUUCGGAGGAGAUAAAUGCCCGGGCUCAUGAGUACUGGCCCCUUGUAAUGGACAUAGCGCGGAGGAACAAUCUUCCAAGGAUCGUGAGGUGCUGCCAAAUUAUGGGCCGUUCGGAGCAAGACGAAUUGACAGCUGCUCAAAUUUUCUACCCAUGCAUGCAGUGCGCCGAUAUAUUUUUUCUGAAGGCUGAUAUCUGCCAGUUGGGCAUGGACCAACGGAAAGUGAAUAUGCUUGCAAGGGAGUACUGUGAUGACAUCAAAAGGAAAAACAAACCUAUUAUACUCUCUCACCAUAUGCUCCCGGGUUUGCAGGAAGGGCAGGAGAAGAUGUCAAAAAGUGAUCCAUCGUCUUCCAUCUACAUGGAGGAUGAAGAGGCUGAUGUGAACUUGAAGAUAAAAAAAGCUUUUUGCCCUCCUAAAGUGGUGGAAAAGAAUCCGUGUCUGGAGUACGUCAAAUACAUAGUCCUCCCAUGGUUCAACGAAUUCACGGUUGAGAGAAAACCUGAGAAUGGAGGAAACAAGACCUUCAAGAGUUUCAAAGAGUUAGCUGACGAUUAUGAGAGUGGGGAACUGCAUCCGGGGGAUCUCAAACCUGCUCUUGCAAAAGCAAUAAACAAGAUCCUGCAGCCUGUGCGCGAUCACUUUAACAAUGAUCCGAAAGCUAAGGACUUGGUGAAAAGAGUGAAGAGCUAUAAGGUGACAAGAUGAUGAUGUAUGUCUCUCUAGUGCUUGUAGCAGCUGGAUGGAUAUGCAGAUUUUUGGUGGUUCUGUGCCCUUUAGUAGUCAAGAAAUCUUAUAUAUAUAUACUAAAGGAGGGAGACAAUAGAUCCAUAUUGAUUUAUUUAAAAAAGUAACAUUGGAAUUGGAGUGAUAUGUGUAUGGGCAUAAUAUUUGAUGCUUUGAUACUCUGAUAUUAAUUUCUUGGAUUGAUUGCUCUGCUC